AUGGCUGAAUAUUUGGCGAAGAGCUAUCUAGGUGUGCAUAAGAGCUUUGCCGUCUCUGAAUGUCAGAAAAGUCUGAAUCUGGAGAACCACACUUGGCCUUCGUUUUCGAAUAAAGGGUUCGUCAUGGACACUACUAUGUUAAGUGAGAGAUGGCAUAGGACCAUCAAGGAAGAUAUUUUACAUAGAAACGCGAAUUCCCGCCUCAUUCAUUUUGUUGACAUGCUGAUAAAGGGCUCAGAAGGCAGGUCAAAUCCCACUGGAAUCAUGAUAGAUCGCAGAAGACUAGCAAGAUCCUCUUAUCGCGCUCUGGAAACAAAUAAACGUCAUCGGAAAGCUGUUGCAUACUAUGCAAAACGUCCUCAAAAAAUACGUUUCAUUGGAAACUUCACAUGGGAACUGGAGUCCUUCAAACCCGGUGAACUCUGCACGGUCAAAUGGAAGAAUAGUUGCACAUGCAAUCUUACAGGAUCCUGUAAAAAUAUUUCAUCCUGUUUGCGUACAGAGCACACGCUCUUUCGGAGUAAUCACACUGCUUUCAGUGCGGUAUAUGGUACUCACUCAUGGGAGUGA